UUGAUCUCUGCUCACUGUCUUUCCCAACUCCUGUUCUCUGUCUUUCCCAACUCCUGUUCUCUGUCUUUCCCAACUCCUGUUCUCCUGUCUUUUUCCCAACUCCUGUUCUCUGUCUUUCCCAACUCCUGUUCUCUGUCUUUCCCAACUCCUGUUCUCUGUCUUUGUCCCAACUCCUGUUCUCUGUCUUUCCCAACUCCUGUUCUCUGUCUUUCCCAACUCCUGUUCUCUGUCUUUCCCAACUCCUGUUCUCUGUCUUUCCCAACUCCUGUUCUCUGUCUUUCCCAACUCCUGUUCUCUGUCUUUCCCAACUCCUGUUCUCCUGUCUUUCCCAACUCCUGUUCUCUGUCUUUCCCAACUCCUGUUCUCUGUCUUUCCCAACUCCUGUUCUCUGUCUUUCCCAACUCCUGUUCUCUGUCUUUCCCAACUCCUGUUCUCUGUCUUUCCCAACUCCUGUUCUCUGUCUUUCCCAACUCCUGUUCUCUGUCUUUCCCAACUCCUGUUCUCUGUCUUUCCCAACUCCUGUUCUCUGUCUUUCCUUUCCCAACUCCUGUUCUCUGUCUUUCCCAACUCCUGUUCUCUGUCUUUUCCCAACUCCUUUCCCAACUCCUGUUCUCUGUCUUUCCCAACUCCUGUUCUCUGUCUUUCCCAACUCCUGUUCUCUGUCUUUCCCAACUCCUGUUCUCUGUCUUUCCCAACUCCUGUUCUCUGUCUUUCCCAACUCCUCCGGAACCACAUUCCCCCGCUCUCUCCCUCCAUAUCUCUUUCUCUCUCUCUCCCUCCAUAUCUCUUUCUCUCUCUCCCUCCAUAUCUCUUUCUCUCUCUCCCUCCAUAUCUCUUUCUCUCUCUCUCCCCUCCAUAUCUCUUUCUCUCUCUCUCCCUCCAUAUCUCUUUCUCUCUCUCUCCCUCCAUAUCUCUUUCUCUCUCUCUCCUCCAUAUCUCUUUCUCUCUCUCCCUCCAUAUCUCUUUCUCUCUCUCUCCCUCCAUAUCUCUUUCUCUCUCUCUCCCCCCUCCCAUAUCUCUUUCUCUCUCUCUCCCUCCAUAUCUCUUUCUCUCUCUCUCCCUCCAUAUCUCUUUCUCUCUCUCUCCCCUCCAUAUCUCUUUCUCUCUCUCUCCCCUCCAUAUCUCUUUCUCUCUCUCUCCCUCCAUAUCUCUUUCUCUCUCUCUCCCUCCAUAUCUCUUUCUCUCUCUCUCCCUCCAUAUCUCUUUCUCUCUCUCUCCCUCCAUAUCUCUUUCUCUCUCUCUCCCUCCAUAUCUCUUUCUCUCUCUCCCCUCCAUAUCUCUUUCUCUCUCUCUCCCUCCUCCAUAUCUCUCUCUCUCUCCUCCAUAUCUCUUUCUCUCUCCUCCAUAUCUCUUUCUCUCUCUCUCCCUCCAUUUCUCUCUCUCCCCCCUCCAUAUCUCUCUCUCUCCUCCAUAUCUCUCUCUCUCCCUCCAUAUCUCUCUCUCUCCCUCCAUAUCUCUCUCUCUCCCUCCAUAUCUCUUUCUCUCCCUCCAUAUCUCUUUCUCUCCCUCCAUAUCUCUUUCUCUCCCUCCAUAUCUCUUUCUCUCCCUCUCUCUCUUUCUCUCCCCUCCCUCCCUCUCUCUCUCUCCUCCCUCUCUCUCUCUCUCCCCCUCUCCCCUCUCCCUCUCUCCCUCCCCCUCUCCCUCCCCUCCCUCCCUCUCCCUCCCCUAUCUCUCUCUCUCUCCCUCUCUCUCUCUCCCUCUCUCUCUCUCUCUCCCUAUCUCUCUCUCUCUCCCUAUCUCUCUCUCUCUCCCUUUCUCUCUCUCUCUCUCUCUCUCCCCUAUCUCUCUCUCUCUCUCUCUCUCUCCUCUCUCUCUCUCUCUAUCCUCUCUCUCUCUCUCUCUCUCUCUCUCUCUCUCUCUAUAUAUAUAUAUAUAUAUAUAUAUAUAUAUAUAUAUAAAAUACAACACUCCCUCAAUUCCAGGAACCAGAAUUUUCUGUGGUCAGACAGCAUGAAGAAUUCAUCUGGCUCCAUGACCGAUAUGUGGAAAAUGAAGAGUAUGCAGGAAUUGUUAUCCCUCCUGCUCCUCCUAAACCAGACUUUGAUGCUUCACGAGAGAGUUACAAAGACUGGGAGAAGGAGAAGGUAA